UUUGAAAAUCCCUCUCAAAUGAUGUAACUCAGAAGUGGAACUCUAAAGAAGCCCCCUACUAGGAUAUAUAUGAAUUCCUAUCAGGCUUAUUAUGCUGAAAAAGCUGCUUAAAUGAAAAAAGAUGGGAAGAUGAAAGGUAAAGAAAUCCAAAACAAGAUCAGGGAUAUGUGGAAGCAAAUGGAUGAGGAGGAAAAGGAAAAAUACGAGGAUGAUUUCGAAAAAAUGGAGGCUAAAUACAAAGAAGAUUUACUUUUAUAUUAUGGAGGGUCUGCAUAAGAUUUGAAAAAGUACAAAGCUUUAAUGGAAAUACCUGAGAAGCCAAAGAAGCCAGUGUCAGGAUGCUUAGUGUACAUAGCAGAGAACAGAAGGGCAUAUUCUGAAGAAAACCCUGAUUCAUCCUUUGGUUAAGUAACGAAGGCAUUAGUGGAUCAAUAUAACAGACUUUCAAAUAAGGACAGAAAGAAGUAUGAUGAUGAGUUUGAGAAGAAACUAGAACUAUAUCAUAAAUAAAUGGAUGAUUGGACAAAGUAAACACUGAUAAAUAAUAUAUUAGAAAGUAUUCAGAAAAAAGAGAGCAAUUUGACCAAUUGAUAGAGGAGAAGUUUAAGAGAUCAGCCACAAGAUAAGAUUUAUAAUAUUAAGAAUUGCCGCCUUAUAAAAGAGGGCCCAGAAAAAUGAAGGAUGAUGAAGAAACUGCAUAAUAGAAGCCAGAAAAGGAUGAAAAAUAAGAAAUGAAGAAGGAUGACAAAAAGAAGGAUGAUAAAGACAAGUAAAUUAUAUAUAAAUGAUUAAUAGUAAAAAAGGAACCAAAAAUGCCAAAGAUGAAGGCAAAGGUGAAUCAAAGAAAAUGAAUGAUAAAGAUUAAAAAGAUAAAAAGGAUAUGAAUCGCAAAAAAUCAGUUGGGAGAAGAUGUUGA